GGGGUUACAACUUUUCAGUGGGAAUUCUCAGUUCAAAAAGCUGCUACUGUCCUGUCGUGUGAGAGUCUGGUUGCUUCUCCUCUCAUUGGGAUCAAGAAACUCCUGCUUAAAUAUGAUUUUAGCGAGCGGCUCCAGAGUUUUCUAUUGUUAGCUGAGCCAAAAACGACCUUCACCGAAGAAGACAAGAAAAGGAAAAGGAGCGUCAAGAAAGUAAAACGCGAAUCGUGCAAGGUGGUCACGUUGUGGACCGGGGAUCAUCUUCACAGCGACACUCCAUCCAUCCAUUCCUUACCUUUCAGUCUCACCUGGACUCAUCGAGAUGUCCCUGGAGACAUAUUCAGCGCUGGACGAGUCUUCUCUUCGAGCUUUGCUGGACGGAACCCUGGAUCUGGACGAGAGACGCCUCAUCCGUUCAGCCAUCCGGGAGCUGAGGAGGCGGGAGAUCGAGGACAUGGAGGCCGCUCUGGCGAGCAAGAGAUUCAGACCAACGCGCCUCAAUCAGCAGGAGGACAAGGAGAACCAGCACAGAUCAGAAUCCAGCAACAACUUGGACGUUCUUUCGCAAAAGCUUCAGUCGAUCCAGGACGUUGACGAGCUCACAAAAAUGCUUCGUGCUGCAGCCGAGUACGAGGAGAGGAAGAUGAUCCGAGAGGCGAUCCGACGGGUCAGGGAUGAGCAGCUGCAAGAGUCUGCGGAGAAGAGCAAAGUUUCCAUCUGCCGCCUAGAGCCGGAGAGCGCUGCGCCCCAGAGCAUUGUGGGAGCUGCGCAGUCAGAGAGUCGCCCUGAUCUCCGUGCCCCGAUCCAGGAGCUGCACACCCAGCAGGCGCAACACGACAGAGAGCUGCAGAGGAAAGGCAAAGACUCCGACUCAGGCAUGGUUGUGGUUCUUGAUCAUUUGGUAAAAGAUGACACUUCUGGGCCCAUGUUGAUCCAGCCUCAGAGAGAAGCUAUGACCCCAGAGUCCGACUCGUUACUGUCCGACCGGACCAGGUCCAACUCCACGGCUUCGGACCGCAGCGGGACUUCUGUGCACUCCAUGUCCAAUCAGGAUUCUGUGGCCUCGGAGAAGAGUCUGGGCUCGAACCAGCGACCCCGGCUGGACUCUGGAGCCUCGGACAGGAGCCAGAGUUCAUCGCAGCGCGGUCGCCUCGACUCCGCCGCCUCGGAGCGCAGCACCAGCUCCCUGUCGUCUGCCAGACAGAGGCUGGGAUCGGAUAUCUCGGAUUCAUGCGUCAGGCCCCGUCUGGGGUCCGGGAACAAAGACGGCAUGGGCGCGUUAUCUAGAAAACGGAUGGACGCUGUGACCUCCGACCUCAGCAUGAGUUUGCCUUCUGAGGUCAAAGCUCCAACGGAGGACGUAGAGAGACCAGUGAGUGGUUCUGUUUGCAGCACCGACUCGGAAUCUGAAACAAGUCCAGCCAGCAUCCAGACUGAGAGCAACCAGGACCGCAGCCAUGACCAGGACCAGCCGGAUGGGGCCGUUUUAUCUCGAAGAGAUCCUGCAAACGGGCUCCUUAACGGGCACGCUCAGGGAAAGUUGAGCUUCAAGAUUCAGAAGAUAACGGCUAAUGGAAAUCUGACAUUCGGUCAUGGAAAGACCAGGGAAACUGCACCUGAAAAGAAAGAUGUUACAUUGGAGCAGCUCAGCCGCACCAACUCUGUCCGAGACAGAAUGCGCAAGUUCACAGAAGCCAGCCAAAAUCCCCCCGCGCUGAAGAAGACCCCUCUGAGAAACGGGACCGUCUCUGGCCUGACGAAUCUCUCCAGAGCUGCAGAGCUGUUCGCACAAGCAUCGGCAUCCCCCGGCACGUCUGGAGACGCGCCAGCCAGGCCACGUGUAGGCUUAGCGUCCAACACCGCUGCGUCCCGGAGCCCAGCUGCACCUCAGCCCCUCAAAGGAGUGGCCGGCAGACCUCCGUUUUCAGCCGGCCAAUCGCAGGGCUCCCUGGGCGGGACGAGGCUUGAAAAAGAUAUGCCUACAUCGGCUGAGCCAGAGGAAGAGCGGACCCCAGGGAGAGCAGCUGAGACGCAGGUCCCCGAGGGAGAGGAAGACCCCGACAUGAAGACUUUCCUCACGAUUGAGAUCAAGGAUGGCCGCACCACCACGUCCUCGUCAUCAUCAUCGUCCUCGUCAACGCAGAGAGGCAACAUGAUGCCCAUCACCAGCAUGACGCCGCGCAUCACCACUCUGGGUCAGAGGCCAGAGCUGACCCUUGGCCUAAGAGCAGCACCAUUCAAGAUCUCCUCGUCUACCUUCUCCAGCGGUUCCUCCAUCAAGAUGGAGACUGAACCCGUCGUUGCCUCGGAGCCGAUGUUUUCGACCGGACCGUCCAUGAUAGUGGCGUGUCAAGUCCCCGCCAUCCCCAACGGCUCCAGCACUCAAACGAAACCUGCGGAGAGCUCCGGAAAACUGACGGCCGAAAAGCUCGCCGCCAUCGAGGAUGAGGAGCUCCUGGACAAGAUGCUCGAUGAGUCCAAAGAUUUCGAGGAGAGGAAGAUGAUCCGUGCCGCCAUGAGAGAUCUUCGCAAGAGAAAGAGAGAGGCCAUGCUGGGCUGUAGCCAGGAGGAAAUGGACCAAAGAGAGAAGGAGCGCGACACUCGUCUGCAGGAGCUGCGACUGCAGAGAGAGGAGAGGGCACAGAAAGGUCGCGCCGGAGCCGGAGAGGUGGUGAUGAGGAAGAUGGAGAAGUCGGCCGAUGGUUCAACCCUCAGCCAAGUGACUAAGACGAACCGUUUCGCUCAAUCCGACGACGGGAGCAAAUCAACGCGCAGCACGGUUGUAGAGACCAGUUUUGUGCAGAAAACAGACAGGGGAACAGUCCAGUCAAAAUCAUACAGCUUCACCUCGUCCUCGUCCUCCAACGCAAGCAAGAAAGUUGGCAGUGUUUUCGAUCGCGAGGACGACACGUCGCCUCGAGGCGGCAGCGGCGGUUUGUCUGCCAUUGAUCGACGGCAGGCGGAGAGGCGCAAGGAGCUGAUGAGGGCCCAGACGAUGCCCAAGACGUCCGCCAUGCAGGCUCGGAAAGCCAUGAUAGAGAAGCUGGAGAAGGAGGGCGGAGGCCCUGGAAACCAGGCAGUAGCCAAGGUGAACAAGGUGCAGCGCUCCACCAGCUUUGGCGUACCAAACGCAAACUCCAUCAAGCAGAUGCUGCUCGACUGGUGUCGUGCCAAGACGCGCUCCUAUGAGCAUGUGGACAUCCAGAAUUUUUCUUCCAGCUGGAGUAACGGUAUGGCGUUUUGUGCCCUGGUGCACAAUUUCUUCCCCGACGCCUUUGACUACGACUCGCUGAGCCCCAGCAACCGGAGGCAAAACUUCGAGGUGGCCUUCAGCGCCGCAGAGACCUACGCCAACUGCAUGCCUUUGCUGGAAGUGGAGGACAUGAUGAUCAUGGGUAACAAACCGGACUCCAAAUGCGUCUUCACCUACGUGCAGUCUCUGGUGAACCACCUCCGCAGAUACGAGAUGUCCAUGGGCCGCCCCUGCGACCUCUGACCUGUGGCCAGCGAUCCUUCACAUCCCUGGUGAACACGUCGGGGAUUUUCUGUGUGUUUGCGUCGUUUUACUUCUAACAUGUGUUGGCAAUGCUUCGCUGUUCCUUCUUAAAACAAUCUUUGCUGACACAAAGUCUACCUCUUUAGCAGAGAGGACGCCUACAUGUUAAAAAUCUUCCAAGGUUUUUAAUUUUAUUAUUUUCUGUGUUUAAACUGAGCUCAUUGCAGAUUUCAGCUGUCUUUUCGCUGGCAUCAACACUCUCACACCCCCACAAAAAAAUAAUUGUUUAUAUGAUAUCUCCUCUUUUAAUAUAACUAUACCCAUAUUUUUUUCUGCUGUAAUUUUUCUGCUGAUGAAUCCACUGAAACGGCAAUAUUAUUUUUCUUUCCAUCCUGGUACUUCUUUUUUUUUUCCUUCCCAUUUCUAACCAAACUCUGGUUGCUUUAAUUAUUUUAAAUUAUUUUUUAGCUGAUAAGCAUAACGAGUUUUAAUUAACAAGUACAGAAGUGUUCAUUUUUGUUUAUUUAAAUGAAUUCAUCAUUGUCAGAGGAAUCUUGUGCUUAAAAAAAAAAAAAAAAACCUUCCUGCACAGAGCUGCUGAUAAAGUUGUCGUUCUGAAAAUAUUAAAACGGGGAAGUUGGAGCCUGAUUGAAAUCAUUUCUGAUGGCUUAUUUAAAGAAAAACGACCACACUGUCGACGACGACGUCCUGCUCAAGUCUGUCGAUUUAGUUUAUUUAUGCUCAAACUGGUUUUAAUGCCGGUGUUUUAGUUUGUGCUUGAAGCCAUUAGGCAGUUAUCUUAAGUAUUUUAAUAAGCUGAAGUUCUUCUUUUUUUUUUUUUUUUUCUGUAAUAACCUGGACUUGCUUCUCUGCCCAGUGUGGGCACUAAUGCUGAAAACUUUACAUAAGAGAAGAUUUGCAAUGUGGAUUUUUAUUUUAAGGUUCUUUCAAGAGAAAAUUAUGAAAACUUGUUUUCAAGCUUGUUUUUUGGUGAAGAAAAAAAAAUCCACGAAGCAGUGAGCAUUGAGUGUGUUUGUGUAUAUAAGAGCUUGAACACAUGGUAUGAUUUCAUGUUUUCUGUGCACUGCAGUAAAAUGUAAAUUACCAAUUAAACCAAUUUGAGAAAUGAA